ACGAUGCAAGAACACAGCGAUAUAAGAUCUCUACCAUGGUCAGAAAAAAGACGUAAAUCGAAAAAUGGGUUUAUCUGUAGCUUGUAGUCUGUCCCAAUAUUUUCCCAGAGAGCUACAGAUCUGCAGCUAACUGCUGAGCUAUAAGUAGUUAGACGACGAAAACAUGUGCUUCGAAGGAAGUCAGCUAUUGUGAUGAUGUUUAAUUCACCAUAAAUUCAGGUACGCGUCCCAAAUAUUAUGUAAAUCCAGUGUAUGGCAAGGUCAGCAGUGCAGCACUUUUACUGAGACUUCAGGAAUAUUUCAAUCAGUUUAGAUUAAUAUUAACAGGUCAUCCUUAGCCAAUAUAAAUUAAAAAUGUGCAUACCUACAUAUUUACACACACAUAUACUGGUAUACUUGUAUGAUAUACAUGUAUAGAUUUUCGUGAUAUUUAGUCAAAUGUGGUAUCUCAUAUCUUCUUAUCGCGAUCCUCUUACUUUUUGACCUCAUUUUCUCUUUUCUUUGCCUGUUCUACACGUGAAUUCUCUAAAGAAACAACAAGAUACGAUACUCAUGUUUGAUCUAUGUGUUGUUGGCGCGGGGCUGGCUGGAUCCGCUGCAGCGAAGCAUGCGUCCAAGUUUUCUCGGGUUUGUUUAGUUGGCCCGGAUGAACCUAACAAGAAGUGCUCGCCUGAUCCGAAUAGGGACAUAUAUGGUGGACAUUACGAUGAAGGCAGAAUAUACAUGCAAUCAACCUCCGACCCAGUCUGGGCAAAACUAGCCCAAAGGUCAAUACCUAGAUACACUGACAUCGAGGUGGAAUCAGGAAUCGAUAUUGCCAGUGAAGUUGGUUGUUUAAUGAUUGGCAAUCGAGGAGAAGAUUACAUCACUGCAGUAAAGGACGUCGCUAAAAAAGACAGGAUAGGAGCAAAAGUGUUGAGUGGAACAGCGGCUCGCUCUCUGUUUCCCUUUCUGUCAAUCCCAGAAGAUGACGAGGUGGUGUUCGAAGCACAGUUGGCAGGAUACAUAAGUCCCAGAAGACUCGUGAAAGCUCAGAUAACCAUUGCAAAGAAAAAUGGAUGCCAACAUGUGCAAGAGGUUGCUCGAGGCAUCUCGCGCGUGGUUCGUGGCGACACCGAUAUGGUCAUGGAAGUGACAACCGAUUCUGGGAGAAGAAUUCUAGCAAAGAAAGUCCUUGUGGCCACGGGUGCGUUCACAGCUUUUCGUAAUCUGUUGGGAAAUGGAGUUUCCCCAGACACAAAAUUGUAUCCACUCGCAGUUACCAAGUUGGAAAUCAGUGAAGAAGAUGCUAAGAAAAUAAGAACCAUGCCGUCGAUCCUAUAUUUCGGGCGAGGUGGCAAGGAUUGGACCCAGGACUUCCCUGUGGAUCCACGAACACCUGUCGUUUUCUACAUGCUUCCUCCAAUUCGUUAUCCUGAUGGUAAAUACUACAUAAAACUUGGCCACUCUCACGACUCGAUCCCAAAGCUACUGCACACCAGACAGCAGAUGAAGCAGUGGUUUGAUCACGGACCCGAUGCACGGCUUACUCGGCAAAUGGCUGACAUGAUACUAAGCGUAGUACAAGAUAUAAAGGUACUCUCCUACCAUGGUGACAGUUGCGUGGUUGACGUUGCCCCUAGCAACCGACCCUACAUCGACAAAAUUCACGACCAGAUGGGAAUAGCUAUAGGAGGAAAUGGGUACGCAGCAAAGUCUAGUGACGAAAUCGGAAGACUGGCUGUGGAACUGCUGAUGAAUGGGAAAUGGGAUAUUGAGCUUCCUCGUAGUUUAUUUCAUGUAAAGCUAAAAUCAGGCUAUGGGACAUCUUGUAGUAAACUGUGAAAGAUC